UUUACCUUUAUUAUUUAUUUACUGCAUGAUUUCGCUUUUAAUUUUUUAAAACGAUAAAAUAAUAGUUAAAUCGAAGCAAUAGUGGCACAUACAUGUUGCAAGCUAUUCGAAAUUCAUAGAGCACUGGCAAAAUACACUCAGGACUGUUAAAUUAUACUGUAAUCAACGGAAAAAAUAAACUGUGUAUUCAUUUCAUGUUCAUUGCACUUCCCGAGCACAAUAAUGAAAUCAGUUUUCAAUUAUCUCCCAAAGAAAAUACUUGGUAUUUUUUGCGGACUAUAGUUUUGGCACUAUUUAAUGUAUAGCAACGUCAGCAAACAUACAACGCAACGUCAAAAGACAACAAGAUACCCAAGAACCACCUCGACCUAAUCUAACGUAUUUGACGAUAGCUUACCACUCAGUUCUUUUUUUUAUUAUGUAUAGACUUAGUCAUGUAUAUUUUGAAACAAAUGCAAAAAAGAGAAAAACCCGCAGUAGACUAUCCUACACGAGGUCAAAGUUUGGUUUAAGUCGCCGCAAUCGUUGCAACAGUUUAUCGGAAGUUUAAUAUUUCCGAAGGUUAUUCCCUUGGGUAUUUUCACCUUAUAUCUAACAUUGAGAUUUUUGUGCUGCAGAAGUUUGUCCGUCUGUUUGUGUGGAGGAUGGAGUCUUUCUCGGUAAAAUACUUUUUCCCUUUUUGCUUGUCACCAUAGAGCGUAAUGUGAAUUUUGGUGGUCGUAAGCUGACAACAGCAACUUUAAUUUUCCAUACUUAGAAACCACGCUAGCGUUCACAAGAGAGUAACCGGCAUCGUCUUCGCGGAUGCAUCAUCAGAUGAACAGUUGUAUAUUUUUGCGCGUGAUAGGCGUGCAUAGCAUGUCUUUAAUAACAACAGCGCGAAGCAAAGUUUGCGGGUUGCGCUGUAGUAAUAUUGUAUAAGUGCAUGACCGGGUAUUAAUAUUUGCUUGCCUCAACAGCGCAGAAAUUGUUUCUGUUUCAUUGUUGAAACGCAAUCAUUGUCGACUUCAAAAAUAAGUUGUACCAAAAACGGAACUAGAAAAGGAAAUUAAAAGCUGAAAAGAAAAUUAUCACCGGAAACGUAAAGCAUAUUGACUCAGCACUAUUCCACUUUCCUGAGCAUCCUGUAUCUAUUACAACAUAAACACUACUUAAGUUGUAUGUGAUUUACGUUAUGGUACUAGUAAUUGUUCAUUAGUUCAGAGUUGCAUCUUUUUGAACCAUUUUUCAUUUUAAACUACUUUUUUAAGUAUGAUUUAGAUGUAUUCUCCCUCAUUUUUUACAUAAUUUUACUCAUUUUAUUCAUUUAUCACUUUACAAAUUGCUCUUCCAUUUGCUUUAUCUUUCUUACGUGUAUUGUGUUGCCUUUCUGAUUAAAUAGAUUUCUGCAUAUUGGCUUUUUUAAUGUAUAAAAAUACAUAUUGAUUCAGAAAGCCUAAUAACAUGGGUUUUCAUCCAAAGCAUUACGGAAUAAAACCUAUUGACACUGUGGCACUCAUCCUAGAAUAUACUUCCAGAGAUUUCAAUGAGCUCUCAUACCAUUACUAACAAGCUAUGCCGGAUGCCUUGGCUAAUCGUGUCCCUUUAAUGACUUCAGUUAAAAUUUAGUAAUUAAUUUCCUGGAAAGUUCGCUUUUCAGCUAAGUUCGUCUCAGUGCCGGACUGGUUUAUAUGAGGUCCAUUAGUAACGAAACGGGACAGUAGAUAUAUUUGCUGAUUAUAAUUUUGUAAAUUGAACGCCGCCCAAAUAUGGCUUAUCAACGUAAUGUAUUUCGAAGUCCGAAGAUGUACAACUUUGAGCGAGAUGAUCUAAUAGAUGCAGGUCAGAGAGCACUGAUAAAGGGGCCUUGGUUACUUCAAUUGAAUAUUGAAAUUGUCUGUAUGAGGACACAGACUAAACUAAUAAUACUAGAGGUCUGCAAGUGAACAAAUGUGUGUGAUUAAGCAAUUGAAAUUAUAAAUGUGGCUUUAUUUUUGCGCUGAUGCAGCCUUGAUGAACAGUAGGUUGCAUAAUUAUGGUGCUGUAAUUUUUUUCUCCUUCCCUGGUACUCUACGAUAACGCUACACUUUAGCAUCGUAUGGUGUCUUGGUAUGUGAGAAGCCUAAGCGGAGCCCGUUGACUUGCCUCAUCUCUUACGAGACUAUGCUCUAAGUUGAACCUUUGCUUUGAACUGAGUACAUAAUAUCUAUUAGACUCCUUAAUUAAGAGUAUAUGUUAAAAGUAAAAAAUGUUAUAUUAAUAUUUAGCUUCCUCAGUUUAACAUCAAUGGAAGAAUGUAAGAUUUGAUGUCUUAAGAAUAGAAUUUCGGUUGCGAUGAAGUAUGGGUUUACAUAAUUCUAAAGUUAGCAUAACUUUAGAAUUAUGUAAGCAGAGUUUACAGAAGUUUACUACAGAAGUUAGGAUAGCAUAACAUAAGGUAGCAUGACUACCAACGGGAUCAAACAGUCAUUUAUUACUAUGAAUCAAUUAAUACUAUGAAAGAUCGAUAUUUUCGGUAGCAUUGGGCUAGUAGUGUUUUCCAUUUCAAUUUUUGUUUAAUUCACGACGUACGUUAAUGAUGACCUGUUUUGCUUACGUGGGAUCUCCUCUUGUUUUGACAGUAUAUUUGGCAGGAAAUAUAUACAAGUUACAUAGACGUUGGUAUAUCGAUAAAAAAAAAGUGGUAAUUUUUGCGCUAGUAUUACAAAGUUGAAAGAAUUAAACAGCGAUGUUUGUGAAAAAAUUUCUUUAAACAUGUUUUAUUGAUAGCAUACAAAAAUGUGUGGGGUUCACUCUUCGUCUGCAGGCACUUUCAUGCCAACUUGUUCAAUCGCACUUCAUAGUAUGGACUACAACAAACAAAAUAAAUGCUAAUAGCUAAAACAAUAAUCUCUUAGAACAAGCGCGUAAACCUAUUAUUUGUUUGGUAAUGUCUUUCAAGCAAAUAAUUAUUGACCCAUUUAGUAAAUAAUUAUUGCGUUUUUCAAAGGUUGUCAAUUGCAGUCUCACUUUAUAGCUUUAGGUGUUUAACAUCAUUCAGAUUUUGCCUUUAUCCAAUAAGAGCUUGGUUAUAGAGUAAACAUGAAAGCAUGCUUGUGAUCUGGAUUAUAAGUCGGGCGCGUACUAUCUAUUCAAUCGUGCUGAAGAACAGCGCUUUGAAGUGGUGCUUAACGGCAUCACAGACAUAAAACGUUUAUAUUUUAUAGAAAGAGUAGAUUCCUAUUACAUUUCUUGAUACUUUUUAUUUACUUGGCCUUAAUGACCACCGACACAGACUGCUCUUAAUUGCUUAAAAAUGAUUCGAUCUAGCAUAUUACAUAGCAUAAUACAAAUACUAAGCGACGCGCAUUCUUAAUUAAAUCCAAUUUUUCAUUGCUUUACUGCUAUGAACAUGAUAGUUUACCGCGCUGGCGUUUCCGACUCCCUAGCUGCUUUCCUCAGCCUUAUUUCUAGAAGUGUAUUCAGAUUGAUGACUGGUUAUUUAGCUUCGGUAAACUCAACGUGUGAUUGAAAGACGAAUGAUACAAACGACGACAAAAUACUAAUUUACAUAUAAGCUAUCUUAAUCGAUUUUUUUCGAAAAUUUUUUACGUCAUCUUUUUGAUACAGGACAACCUUCAUUGGCCAUGGACAGUAUUCCCUUCCUUGGAUCCUCGUCUUAAAGGCUAUCCUUUUGUGGGAAACUUCUGGCUAAUGACAGGAAUUGUCGCCGCUUACGUCUACUUUGUAAAGGUAGCAGGCCCUCGAUGGAUGGCGUCGCGAGAGCCGUUUCAAAUUACAGGACUCAUUAAGGUCUAUAACUUUGUAAACAUAUUUGUGAACUUUUUCUUUACGGUUCAGUUCGGCAGGUACAGCUAUUUCGGAGGAGGCUACUCUUGGUUUUGCCAAAAGAUGGAUCACUCCCGUGACGCUAAUUCUAUAAUGCUGGUUAACCUUGGCUAUUUCUACUGCAUCGUACGUGUAAUUGAUUUCUUAGAUACAGUCUUUUUCGUACUGCGAAAGAAAUUCAGUCAAAUAACCACACUCCAUUACACUCACCACGCGCUUGUGGCUUGGUCUGGAUGGCUUUUCGUCUCUGUAGGAUGUGACGGUCAGGUCGUACUUGGUAUUAUGGUAAACUCAGCGAUCCACGUUCUUAUGUAUACUUAUUACUUUUUGGCUGCGUGUGGACCCAUUGUGCGUCGUCAUCUCUGGUGGAAGCGUUACAUCACGCGAAUUCAAAUCACGCAGUUUGUUUGCCUUUUAAUUCACAUAAUGAUUCCUGUCUUCUAUGACUGCGGAUACCCCAGAGGUCUUCUGUUAUGGGCGUUUGCGCAAGGAACAUUUGGCCUUGUCCUAUUCAUCAAUUUUUACGUCAAAUCGUAUAUUUCACGCCAGAGCAUCGACAAGACCUACGGGCCAGCAUUAAAAUCUGCUACUAAAUCAUUACUUACGAACAACGACGAGGAAAAACCAAAUCGGGCAUAUUCAAAAAGGGCUUAGAGAUGACACCGUGCAAUGAUCCUUUAAAUAAGCUAAUGAUAAAUUAUUUUCAAAUUUAUUAUUGGAAAGAGUUCAAUGAUGUACAGAGCCAUUUUCACGAUGUUACAUGAAGCUGCCAAAUAUUUGGUCAAAUUUUAAUAUACUUAGUUAACGUUCGGUUGUUAUGUAUAGUGUAAACACCAAAAAAGAAUUUACCAAGAAUGUACAUAGAUAUAUACACAUAUUUGGGCGGGACCCACAAGGUUGUUUUCAUGUUUCUUAGCGGUAUUGAUUUAUGAGUAUCGAUGUGGCAUAUAUAAUAAUACAUUGUAUUAGCUAUAAAAAAGCACAAUUAGUUUUUUUGACUAAAACGUAAAUUAUAUUGAUAGGUGAUCCAUUAGCCUUCUUCCUUUCCCUAUAAAAUUUCAUACACAAAUUGGGAUAUUUCCGAAUAUAAUGCCUUGCCUUUAAGAGACAAAAUUGGUGUUGAGUUCCCGUAUAAAAGGGCAAUAGUACUUUGAACAUGAACAAACUAGAGUUUUAAUAAAACGCUAGCUACGAGCAUCAUGGAAAUGGAAACGAUCUUAAACUCGCAAACAGUUUGGGAGGAUACGCAACUGGUGCAAAAUAAAUAAUGUUAUGCCGCCCUGAAGUUUGACUACUUAUAAUGAAAACAUCAUUUCUUCAUGUAAUGAGAUUGUUCAAGGGUCCCAAUCAGUGCGCAACUUCAUUCGGCCUGUGCAAUAACGUAUUGUCCUAUACACGUUGAAAUCGGUGGAGCAUCUGGGUAAGUUUUUUUUUUGUUGCAGAUGAAGGUUUCUCAGACCUGUCAUUUGCGAUUUGUCAGAACGCUCUCAUCGGGUAAGCUAAACUUUGUUAGUAGCGUUGCAGCAGUUUUCGAAAUUAUACGGGAUUCUUUAACAGAUUCUAGUAAGUAUAAUAAAAACUGUAAAGUGAUUAAUUCGUAAUGCUAACUUCCACUGAUUACGUUAGACAUGUAAAACCAUAAUAUACAUAGCAGGCAGCUACUAUAAUUUCAGGCAUAUGACGCUGCGUGUGUAACAUUGCGUACAUGACAUUUUGAGCCCAUAUAUAUAUAUAUAUUUCACGACAUCGGUUACUAGAUUACAAAAAUAUAGGAGACUGCAAACUUUAUAAGCCAAAAUUUUCCUAACGCUAUUGUUGAAGACCAUCCGCGCCAUGACAAAAAAAUAUAGCAGGAUUUUCGUCAAGCAAACUUCUAUUACAUAGCCGAAAUGGGCUUACGAUCCCACAGGUGGGCUCAUGUGGUCAGAAAAGGGCCACACGGGCCACUAAUGAUACCGUGUGUAGAAGUCAGCCAUUCAACAAAACUUAAAAGAAUGUGGUUUUCUUCCUAGAAUAUACUGUAAUUAUGGCUCGAAAAGUCGACACUUUAUAGUCAUUUACUUUUAAGUUAGACAGAGUAAAGGGUAGCAUCUGCCUAGGAUGUCCUUAUGAAGUUCUGGUGCCCCGUGUACAUUUCGAUUUUUAAUGGCCCAGGUAUUGGCACAUCUACGAAUUUGCUUUCUGUUCAACAUAAUAAUGUACAUACUGUUUCCCAAAACCAACUUAAUUGGGCUAAAGCCAGUAUAUCUAUAGUAGCCGUAGAAGAUUCUGAUAUAAUUAUCCAUGAUAAAUUAUAAUAUCUGAUCAUGCUUAUAUACAAUAUCUAUUAACAGGACUGUUUUGCCGACUAAUCCUUUAUGCUAAGGUCGUCAAAAUUUAUUUCAAAAGCACGAUGUUGGGAUACGUUGUUGACAACAACAAGUGCGAAACUACAAUGCCUUAGUUUAAGUUCACAUAUGCGGACUCCUGUUAAGCUCAGUUCUAGUCUAACACUACGUAGUUCUAACUUCAAUAUAAAAUUAGCACAAACGGAAUCUUGUUUCAUGUAAGCUCGAAAUGCAAUGGCCCAUGUAGUCUCAUUUCACCCUGGCCUAUAUAUACAACAUUCAAUGUAAUGGUUUUUGCAAAACGUAAUUUACUUUCUCUUUACUUCUAAAAUCAAGCAUAGGAAUAGGCAAAAUCGUCGCAGAAAAUCGAGGCGGCUAUUUUCACUCAUUAUUGUUCAACAGAAGUUUGACAAAAUACGAAAAAAACACAUAGGCUUACCUUCUGCAAUUUGGUCAAAGGAAAAAUCCAAUUAGGCAAAUUGCGCUGCAUGUCAAAGAACUCUAUCAGUUUGAAAACGUUUAUUGUCAAAAUUUAAGAUCAACAUUCUCCUGCUAGAAAAACGGAGUUUCCCAUAUAACCAUAUACCAUAUAGUCCACCUUUUUCUAUGUGUGUACUUAUAUACAUGAGCUUGAACGAUAUAAUAGAUCAUGUGGUUGAAGCAUUUUUUCAAAACAAUAAACCAUUGUUCUCAUAAUAAUAGAAAUUGCCAAAAGUUUUUCGUUUUGAACUUGGCUUUUUGUAGAAUCCUUUUAUUUAACUACAAAGACAGUGUAGAUUUCAAAACAAAAAUAACAAGUCAACAAAGAGUAACCUAAAGCAACCAUUGGUAACUUUUUGUGAGAUCUUUUUUAAAAACCAAUUCGAAUAGGACUAGACCGUCCAAAACAAAAGUUUGUUGCUUUGCUCAAUUUAUCCUUUUCUAAUUGAGAUAUAUAUAUAUGAUAUCGAGUCAAAAUUGAGGCUUAUGUUUUGUCUACUAAACAACGAAGUGAUCUUUCUCUAUAAAGGCGAUCUAGACCCUAGGCAUAUUGUGUCAUUGACAGCGUGGUAAGGAACAUGUUUGCCUAUUAAAUAUAGGUACAGGUCAUCUAGGGUCGAAUUCGGACGUAGACUCACUUCAUUUCAUGCUGGAAGAAUCUCGUCAUCUGAACUAAUGUCUAACGGUUGAAGUACCGGACGUAAGAUCAUCGGUGCGAAGGUGAAAAACAGAGUAGACUUUUAUUAGUAUCGAUCAUGCUAUGAUUUAAAAGACUGCUCUAGUAAAAACGUGGAGGCGAUUUUGACUACACAAGUACAUAAUCAAGCUGCGGUCAUAGCAUAAGCAACACAAGCGAUCAACACAUGUCAGGAGAAGGUUCCCUUCUACAAGGACUAUCUAAUUGGAUACCAACAUUUACCACACGACUUCACGCAGAAACAUGUAUUCGUAAAUUGGUAUGCCCGAUGUGAAGACAAUUUGUCUUACAUGUUUAAGUAUAGAGGGUAUAAGUCUUUGUUGUACAGAAACUCGACGAAUUAUUUUGACAGGUACAGUUACCACAUAUUGCGCAGACUUCUAAUUUAGGUGAGUCUCACCAACACCGUGACAUAUUUAAAGACACUGCUUGUUCACAAUCUAUCUACCACUCAAGGCUGUUUUUUUCACCGAAAGUUGUUAGAACGUUUCGAAUCCUACGUUUGAUGAAUUCAAAUGUAAUCUCAAUCGUCUUUACCAGUUGCCGGAAAUAUCCAUGAUGAAAGAAGUGCGUGUCAAUGUUUUAUUUGUAAACUUUAAUUUAGCGAAACUAGAAGCCAAGCAGCCUUAUAUCUGUCCAGCUGGAAAUGGCAGACGCUACACUUGCAACAUUAUGCGCACACAUGGAGGUACUCUGGGUUCGCGAAAAAGUCUAAAACGUUGGCCCGUCCAAAAAAGUCAUGAAAACAACUCCAUGGAGUUGUUUUCAUGACACGAGAAGUGUCAAGUUUGUCGUCAUAGAUAAGUAAUACCUUUAAAAAGGUUUCUAAAGUUUGCAUGAAGUGAACAUUCGUCCUGAAGCCAGACUAAAGAAGCCCAAACGUACGGUAAAUGUCCUACUUGUAAGAAUUGUCGGAAAAUUGUCGGAAAUUGUUUAUUUAAAGUCACCAAUGACAACCAUUUUAGAUACGAGCAUGCACAAUAGCUAGGAGCCGGUCUACAAGUAUAAUAGUAGAUAUUCACAAAGAAUCAACAGUGAACCAAACACCUAUAAACGUCAGUUUAUCUCGAAUGUGAAGUUUUGAAAGGCUUUUAUUCCGAUAUCGCGUUUAGUGUAGAUACUAAACGUCAAACGAAUACCGAAGUCCAUGAAACCGUUUUUAUACAGAAUACACAUAUAGAAUACAAAAUAUACCAAAUUUUAUGUUACUGUGAUUGAUAAGAAUAUCUCUAAAAACUUAGGGUGCCCUCCUUUUGUAGCGGACGCUUAUUUUGUAGUUAAUAUAUAGGGACCCUGACUGAUUAAUGUUUCACUACCGGCUAACUGUGAACUUGCAAACAACCCCGUUGUUGAAGAUGAUAGUAGAAAAGCUAUGGCAAAGAAUAGUGGGGAAUCCAGGAAAAUAGUUGCGAUAAUGAAAUGAAAAUGAACUGACUCUCGAAAAGAUUAAAAGAAAUGAACAAAAACAAAUAUUGACUACACAUUGAGUAAAGUAUCUGACAAAUUAAAAUAAUUUAAGACUGAGCGGUCAUUUUAUCGUAUCGUUCAAAAUCGCAUAUAGUGUGAUCCAUGUGGUGAAAACGCUGUUUCAGUGAUGAGAAUGCUAAAAAGAGAGGCCGCACGCAGAUUUCUCAAUAGAUCAGUACGAAUUUUUCGAAGCUUAUCGUUAUCAGUUGUUACUAACACGAGAAAUAUACUAAUUUGAUAAAUAAAAUAAGAAAAAGCUUCCCAACCAUAAACGUUGUCAGAGCUUAUUGCUAACAAUAUGGACAGA